AUGCAUUAUGAAAUAGACACCUUGAACUCCCAAAGAAGUUGGGUACUCUCUAGAAGGAUUCACUAUGGAAAAUUUGUUGCUGAGGUAAAAUUCAAGGAUGCUUCUGAAGAAUAUUCACCUGCAAUUCAAGCCAAGGAUAGAGAUGCUCUGAUGAAGCUUUUGACAUUUGAAAGUGUCGAGGAGAUGGUGAAGAAGAGGGUGGAGAAGAAAGCAAAGGUGUUUGGGCAAGAAGUGAACCUCACCAACGAUGCUGGCAAUGGAAAGUGCAAGAUCGAUCCAUCUGUUCUUCCUUGCCUAUAUGGAGAGUGGGUCAUGCCUCUGACCAAACAUGUUGAAGUGGAAUAUCUUCUGCGUCGUCUAGACUGAAACCUUUUGAGACUUCCAUGAUCCUUUUCAGUUACAUGAUCUAUUAUGUGAGAAGGAUUCACGGGGUUAAGAUCAAAUCAUGAGUAUGUGAUUACUUCCGCUGAUGUAUAAUGCAAAUUGAAGCUAGUUUUUCAUGACUAGCAUGCUGAAAUCCUUGCCUUUUCUUUUUUCCAGUUACUAUUAUAUGGUACUUAUUACAA